AUGAGAAGCUCCGUGGAUGCCUCAGCCGACGAGGCGUUGGCCCGUAUGGGCUACAAGAGCGAAUUACCACGUAAUCUAAGCAUGCUGAGCAUUCUGGGCCUCUCAUUUGCGAUUAUGGCCGCCCCUUUUGGACUAAGCACAACCCUUACCAUCGGCUUAUCAGACGGUCAGUCGGUCACGAUCCUCUGGGGCUGGGUAUUCGUCACUCUCAUCUCCACCGCCAUCGCCGCCUCCCUCGCCGAGAUCUGCGCCGUAUAUCCCACAGCAGGAGGGGUCUACUACUGGAGCGCGAUGCUCUCCACUCCCCGCUGGGCACCGCUGAUGUCCUUCAUUGACGGCUGGCUGACCCUCGUUGGCAACUGGACCGUUACGCUGAGCAUUAUCUUCUCCGGCGGUCAGCUAGUGCUCAGCGCGAUUUCUCUCUUUGACGAAUCCUUCGUCGCCAAUGAAUGGCAGACCGUGUUGAUGUUCUGGGCAGUCAUGCUUGUCUGCGCCCUGGUCAACAUCUUCUGCUCGCGCUAUCUCGAUCUCAUCAAUAAAGUAUGUAUUUUCUGGACCGCAGCCAGCGUGAUCAUCAUUCUCGUCACACUAUUGACAAUGGCCGACAACCGCCGCGAUGCCGAGUUCGUCUUCGGCCACUUCGACGCCUCGAAUAGCGGCUGGCCCUCCGGAUGGGCCUUCUUCGUUGGUCUGCUGCAGGCGGCUUACACCUUGACCGGCUACGGGAUGGUCGCAGCCAUGUGCGAAGAGGUGCAGAACCCACACCGCGAGGUGCCCAAGGCAAUCGUCCUCUCCGUGGUAGCUGCGGGAAUCACCGGUCUACUCUAUCUAAUCCCUGUCCUAUUCGUCAUGCCCAACGUGCAGAUGCUGCGCGAGGUAGCCAGCGGCCAACCGAUCGGCCUUCUCUUCAAGACCGCGACGGGCUCAGCGGGUGGUGGCUUUGGACUGCUUUUCUUGCUUCUGGGGAUCAUGUUGUUCGCUGGAAUUGGCUCUCUCACGGCCGCCAGUCGCUGCACGUACGCCUUUGCCCGCGACGGGGCGAUCCCGGGCUUCAAACUCUGGCGCCGCGUGAACGAGAAACUGGACGUGCCGGUUUGGGCUAUUGUGCUGUCAGCUGUUGUGGACGGUCUGCUGGGAUUGAUCUAUUUCGGCUCCAAUGCUGCAUUCACCUCCUUCACGGGUGUGGCUACCAUCUGCCUGUCGACCUCGUACGGUCUGCCGAUCUUGAUUUCUUUGAUUCGCGGUCGUCGCGAUGUAAAGGGCUCUUCGUUCUCCCUUGGUCGAUUUGGGUUCGUCAUUAACUGCAUUACCAUUGCAUGGAUCGUUCUGGCUAUUGCGCUCUUUUGCAUGCCUUAUACAUUGCCUGUUACCCCCGAGUCGAUGAACUACGCCAGUGUUGUGUUUACUGGCUUUGCUGGUAUCAGUCUUUUCUGGUACUUUGUUUAUGCGCGCAAGCACUUUACUGGACCGCCGGUCAACCGUGAAGAGGCUCGCGUGGUUACGGAGCUCAUGACGGGCACUCCGGUGGAUGUGGAGAAACCACUCGAGGCGAUGAAGAAGGGUUCGGUUGAAUAG